UACCUCGGCACGCUCGGUUCUCAAGACCCAGUACCUUAGGUCGAAGCUCGCAGACACAGCAUUCAGACGACAAAUACCAGACAGCGCUUCAAAAUACCUCUCAUGGACUAGCGUUCGGGGGUAUCAUAAGGCGCCCAGCAGGAUCGCAUUCAGCCAGAGCUUCGCAAUCUGCCCGUCAGCUGCAUUUCCGAGACCGGCUUGAGCCGAGGGCAAUAUCCCAAAAGAGUCUCCGUACACACACACACACAUACUCUCUGACUGUGUGACUGCUACAACCUCAAAAAGCUCAAACGAUCUACGACGACAGGACAGCAACUCGAACCAGGCCACUGGUCAUCUUUCUACCCUCCAAGUCACCUCCCGCAAGAAACAGCCCUACCACUGCAGGAUCCCAACUUUCGCCAUGGCCAUCGACAAAAUCAAACCAUACAACGACCCACGCAUCACUUUCCGCUCCGCACACCUCAACAGCUACACGUACGGCUACAUCUACAGUCCCGCCGCCUCCACCCCCCACCGCGGCACCAUCUUCCUCGUGCACGGCUUUCCGGACCUGUCCAUGGGCUGGCGCUAUCAGAUCCCAUUCCUGACCUCUCUCGGCCUCGACGUCGUAGCCAUCGACUGCAUGGGCUACGGCCGAACCGACUCCCCGCGCCACACGCUGAAAGCCUACACCUACAAGCGUGUGUCCGACGACAUCGCCGCGCUCGCCCAGCAGCUCGGCCUCACGCGCAUCAUCCUCGGCGGCCACGACUGGGGCGGCGCCAUCGUCUACCGCGUGGCGCAGUACUACCCAUCCCUCAUCACCGCCGUCUUCAGCAUCUGCACGCCGUACUUCCCGCCAACUCCGAAAUACGAACCCCUCGGCCUCCUGGUCCAGUCCCGCCUCCCCAACUUCGGCUACCAGCUGCAUUUCGCGUCCGGCGAGAUCGAGGCCGCCGUGCAAUCCAAGGCCGAGAUCCGCCGGUUCCUGAACAACAUGUACGGAGCGCGCACGCCGGACAAGGAAGUCGCUUUCGACGCCGAGCGCGGCGUCGACCUCGACAAGAUGGCACGCCUUGGCAGGAACCAGCUCCUCACCGACGAGGAGAUGGACUACUACGUCGACGAGUACGCGCGGCACGGACUCAAUGGCCCCCUGAACUGGUAUCGAAAUCGCGAGGACAACUUCAUGAACGAGUGGCGUGAUUUCUUCGGCAGUGGGAAGAAGAAUCCCGAGCAGGUGGCCAAGGAUCUGACCAUUAGCCAGCCAGUCUUGUUUGUCCUGGCGACCAAGGAUCAGGCGCUCAAGCCAUUCAUGGCGGACAGGAUGGGUGAAAGAAUCCCCAAUUUGACCAGGAGAGAAGUGGUCUCCGGUCACUGGGCACUGUGGCAACAAGCGGACGAGGUCAAUCGGCACAUUGGCGAAUGGCUGAACGGAAAGGUGUCUGCAAAGGUUGGUGGAGGCAGCAAAUUAUGAAUGCUACGAGCCCUGAGGAUUGGGCUUCUUGUACGACCCUGUAAUAGGGCAUUUCAAUCUCUUGUGGGGAUUAUACUACGGUGCCAUGGGUAAAGCGUGUCAUUUGACGUUAGGGUGCCAUUCGACGACAGCAGCGAGGACAGUUUGUGUGGUGGGAGGGGCCUCUUGUUGAAUGCGAGCUUCAACUGCUGCUUCUCGUAGUAUCUCUUGGGUCUACGGUAUCACGACUUUCUAGCAACGUUUCGCGGAAAACUCUA